UAGCGCUUCUGGGAGUCUUGAGAUUCGGCGACUGGGUGAAAUGGCGGAGCCUGUGGCCGUGGUGUGGCUUCGGGGCCCCAGCUUCGGGUGCAAGGCGGUGUGGUGUACCUCGGCCACGCGCUCAGUACGCGAUUUUAUCCACCGACACUGCCAAGAUCAGGAUAUUCCAGUGGAAUGCUACUUUGUGAAAUGCAAUGGAUUACUCGUUAACACCAGUGACACAGUGCAGCAUGGAGCUGUUUAUAGUUUGGAACCCAGACUUCGUGGUGGAAAAGGAGGUUUUGGCUCUAUGCUCCGAGCACUUGGUGCUCAGAUUGAGAAGACAACCAAUCGAGAAGCUUGCCGGGAUCUCAGUGGAAGGAGACUGCGAGAUGUCAAUCACGAAAAAGCAAUGGCUGAAUGGGUAAAACAACAAGCCGAGCGAGAAGCUGAAAAGGAGCAAAAGCGCCUGGAACGACUGCAGCGGAAGCUUGCAGAACCCAGGCACUGCUUCACCAGCCCCGACUACCAGCAGCAGUGCCAUGAGAUGGCCGAGCGUCUGGAGGAUUCCGUCCUCCGAGGUAUGCAGGCUGCCUCCAGCAAGACGGUAUCGGCAGAAGUCGUCGGUGAGAGUCGGAAACGGCCUAACAAAUCAAAAACAGACAGAGCAGCCAGUGCAGAGAAAAGGAAAUGCUUUUGGUUGGGCAUGGAAGGACUAGAGUCUGCAGAAGGGUCUGGCUCUGAGAGCUCCGAUGAUGACAGUGCAGAAGCACCUAGUACUUCAGGAAUGAGCUUUCACGUUCCCCAAAAUGGCAGUGAUGUUGUUGAGAUGGCAGCCGAAUUUCCUAGUAGCUCUCAGCAGGCGAGAGUAUUGAGUGCAGACUCUAGAUCACGAGAAAAACUACAGACCCCUGUGACGGACUCUGGGAAUGGUAUUUCAGAAGACUUGUAUGCUGAGCUGGGAGAGGCAUCUACCCAGGAGUACAUGGAAAGGAAGAUGGCUUUAGAAACAGAGAAAACCCAGGAGAAAAAUGAGGCAGAGAGUAAAGAACCCUUAGAAAAGGAAGCAGCUGGAGUUGGACUGAAUAAGGAGCAGGAGACCAAAGAAAUGACUGAUGGGGAAAGAGGUGCCAAGGGAGCCCCUGGAGGAGACAGGGAAAACAUACCUGUUGCCAAGCUGGAGGAAAGCCAGUCAGGAAACACAGAUAUUGGUCAGGAAACUGUAGAUUUACUGGCGUUCAGCUCUGUUGCGGAAGUGGAGUUGCUGGGUUUGGAGAAGCUCAAGUGUGAACUCACGGCCCGGGGACUGAAGUGUGGGGGCACUCUCCAGGAGCGGGCGGCGAGGCUCUUCUCUGUCAGAGGACUGGCAAAGGAGCGGAUAGAUCCAGCUUUAUUUGCCAAGCCUUCGAAAGGGAAGAAGAAGUGAAUUUCAUCGGAGCUGAUUUCCUGUUUCUUUAUAGGCUAGCGCUUACAACCUGUAUAAUGUUGACUCUUGGACAUUAUUCUUGUUGCUAUUAAAGGUGACUUUUUAAUAACCAAA